AUGGCUCAACCCGUGGUACAGCAGCCCACCUUGUCGCCGCCCCUCUCGCCAUCGGCGCACAUCAUCACCUCGGUCGUUCCCUCUCCCGUCACGGAUUUCGGCUCCAAACCUCUGACCUUUCCGCAUCGUCCACCAGCACCUGCAUCAUCCACGUCGUCCCAGACCCACAACAACAACAACAACAACUCUCGUCCCACUAAGGAAAAUGGCGCAAACAGGUCCCGUCAAUCUAGAUCGCGGCCCACCUCCUCCUCCGGGAAAGCACAUUCUCAACACGCCGGGGCAACGUUUCAGAAUGGCAAAGCCAACGGUGUAGCCAAUGCAGUUCAUACAGCCGCCACCAACGGCCACGCCAUUGGCCACAGCCACCGCACCCAUUCCAACGGUGUCGACGCCGCCAACGAUCCUUCCAUAGCAAACGCGCCCGGCGCCGCCUUGUCCAUCGCCACCAAGCCGCAAGAUCGGGACCCAAGCCUGCUGCGUCAACCACCGCAAUCCAAGGGCUUCGACGGCAUCAGCAGCUACCAGCUCGACCACAACGGUCGCAUCCCCGCCAGCGAGUACAACUACCUCCAGCGCGACAAACUCGUCGCCAGCGCGCACAGGUCGGCCAUCUCCGCAGGCAACUAUCACUGGCUCGCACUCAUGGAUCUCUCCCACCUCGCCUCCCAGCAUCACCUCAGCCCUUACAGCGUCAUGAAGUUCGGUCCGCGUGGAUCUCCCUUUGCGUACAUCCCCAUCACUUUGCAGCAGCCCGAUGUCGUUCAUACCACCAUGAUGCGCCAGCGCGUCGAGGAACGCCAGGCGAAAGCGUGGCUCAUCGCAAAGCGUCGCCGCAAAGUCGCGGCCGCGCACAGCGACGACGAAGAUCUGCCUGUGCUUCGCCUCCCGGCUGACGUCUUCAAGAAGCCAUCCCACCCCGCACAACCCCGCGACGCCAGCACAGCACCUGCACAACUUGGGACCAAGCGCCCCGCAUCCUUCACAACACCGCCCGACACGCGCGCAAGGUGUGUGCUCCGCACCGAUGCCGACAUAGACGGCUCCGAGCUCAAACAGGUCGAGCGCGACCUUGGCGAGGCCAUGGCCGAGUCCAUUUCCGCAACGGCCGCGCCCGAGCCCGCCUCGUCCUCGGAGGAGGAUGAGGUUGCGCCAGUAUCGCGUUCGGACCAAGUCGACCUCUCGCGCUUCGACCGCUCCACGCGAAUGGCCGAGAAUGGCUCCGCUGCGCCAGAAACCUCACGCACCAACGGUGGCACUCAGCCCAACGCGCAAGGCAACCAAGGUGCCAACAAGGACACCGUGGCCGACGAGCUGAUGACGUCGUCCGAAGCGGGAAGCAACGUCGAGGUGGGCGGACCCCUGGACAAGGAGCGCGUCAUGGCGCAGGAGAUGGAGAGCGUCGACACGACCGCCCCUAAGCCGGGUCAUGUCGACGAGCGCGCACCCGCCGUGACAGACAACAGCUCGCUAGGCCCGCUCGUGCACAUGACAGGCAACGGCUCUGGACCGGCGAGCAGCCUAGCCGAGUCCUCGUCGGCGGAGCAGCAGCAGCAGCAGCAACAGCAACAGCCGCAGAACCAGCUGGCCAUGAAGACAUCGGACACGCAUCCGAUUCACAUCAGCCCCAUCCUGCCCGACGAGCUGCUGCCCGAAGUCGGACGGCGCAUCCGUGCGCUCGCGGAGCCGCAGCUGCGUGCACUGCGCGCCGACAGCGCCGCCGCGGGCACUGCGGCGACGGAGCGCUAUUUUGACGACCACGCGCACGAGCAGGUGCACUGCGGCCGUCUGAUCCGGCUGCACCACAUGCUCGACCUCGCCGCGGUCACCGCCACCGAUCCGAGCGCCAACUAUCUGUCGCAGUCGCAGCUGGCCGAGCAGGCGGCGCGCGAGAACACGCAGGCGCUCAACACGAUCCCUGGCGAAAAUGACGAGGGCAGCGUGGGCAACCUGCUGCUCUCGUCGUGUCCGGGCAAGAAGGUGCGGCUGUCCGGGCCAGUGCGUGGCCGCGGAGCGAUCUGCCGUGACCUCGGGCUGGAUCUGGCGCGCAUCCACAGCAUCGGCUAUGAGCGCGAGGCGGACCGGCUCGGGCUGGACGUCUUCCGGCUGCCCAUGGCGGAGGGAUUCGCGCCCACCAAGGUGGCCGAGAUGGACGCCGCCAUGACGGCCAUCGUGACCGACUGCACGCUGCGCGGCACCAACGUGCUGGUGCACUGCCGAGGCGGCGUGGGCCGCGCCGGCUUGAUCGCGUGCGCGUGGCUGUUGAAGAUGGGCUUUGUCGCCGACAAGCCCCCGCGCCCGAAGAAGAAGGCGGAAGAGGCGCGGAAGUUCCUGCCUCAUGCGCAUGAGCUGGACGACAAGCCUCGCAAGGCGCGUGCGUCGGAGGUGGACGAUGCCGACGACGAUGCGGAGACGAUCCUCGAGACGGUGCGAUCGCUCAUCGAGACGAUCCGCCGACGCCGCAGUCCCAAGGCGAUCGAGACGGCCGAGCAGGUGCGCUUCCUGGUCGACUACCUCACCUAUCUGCACCGGCAGGAACGGCUGCGUGCGCAGGCGGGCCGUUGA